GCGUCUAAGUUCAGAAAUUCCAUCCUCGUUAGACCUUUUCUUACUGUUUAAAUGCACAGCUUCAACUGAAGAAAAAUCAUUCUAGUACUCGAUCUUCAUCAGAACAUCUGAUCAGACUAACCAAAAAAAAUUCAUAAUGGCUUGGAGAGCAACGGCUUGUUGGAAUGGCAUUCUGUCAAAGUAUCAGAAGACAAGACAGAUUUCUAGCUAUACCCAAUUUAGAAUGCAGCCUCACCAUGGCUCAUCAUCAUCAGCAUCUCAUGGAGGAGUAGCAGCUUCAGGACCCCUAAGGUAUCUGAAACCUGAUUUUUUACCAAUAUACACAAUUCUUGGGAUGACUCUGAUGGCAGUAUUCCUGGGGUCUCUUACAAUGAAGCAGCAACUGCUACAUUCCCCCAAUGUGAGUGUGGACAAAAAGAAGAGGAAAAGCAUGCCUGAAGUGAAGGACCCUGAAUUUGCCCUACAAAAAUCUGAAGACUUCAGGAACAAGAGCUUUUUCAGGAGAGUGAGCCACACCACUCAACUUUCCAAGUCCAUGCCUUAGAUAUCUAACUCACCUUCACUACCCACAUUUGUUCAAUCACAAUUUUAAACAAUACUUACUAUUAAACCCAUGCAUCUUAAUAUAUUCUCAUGUUUUGAUGAGCAGACAUGAGCCUGUAGAUACUAUAAUAUCUGUUGGAGUAACAGAAACAUUUAAGGUAGCUAGAUUAUAAGUAGAUGUAUCUUAUCUUGCCACCAUAUAUGUACGUCAAUUGUUGUUACCUUUACAUAGACCUUUGUAUCUUGUUAUCUUUAUAUAUGUAUGUGAAUUCUCUUUCUCUUC